CACUCACGUUACUUGUGAAUACACAGGUAGGGACUAGAAUUCAGCAAUUUGACUGUUAGUUAGUUUCUUCUGCUUUCCCACGAUAAAUAACUGCACUUUUCCUAGCUACCAAACAGGCAAGUAAAAUCAAUGGUUGAUUCUCAAGGCAUCUCUUUUAUAGUAUUGUGGAAAUGAAAGAGAGGAAUACUACUUCAACACUCAAGCGCAUUUUAGUGAACUGUGCUGCCCAGGCAAAAGAUUAUGGAGGCUGUGUUGCAGCAAAGGUUCCAGAAAUUGAGCGUGAUAUUUGCCUGAAAGAAUUUCUUGCACUGAAGAAUUGCAUGCAGAAUACGCUUCGAGGAAAGGUUUAGGCAUUUAUCUUCAAUAAUUUAGGCAUCUACAAUUCGGAAGCAAGUAGUUUUAAGCACUCAGUGUGUGGUGGAAAUACACUGAUAACUGAUAACAGUUUCAUUCAAACACCAAAUAAUAAAUGCAACAUUUUCUUUCUGUAAUGUGUUAUUGAAACAUAUGAGACUGGCUUAGGAUUGCCUACUUCAGUACUUGCCACAUACUCUUUUAUUUUAUUCUCAAUCUGGGAACGCAAAAAACUUAAGAAUGUCUGGGAAAGCAUCAAGUUCACAACAUACUGUUGGUUUUAGUGGGUCUGGCGGGCUGUCACAUGUUUACAUUCAAUAUCCGCCUUUAAGAUGUAGAAUUCCAGGAUCAAGGGGUUUAUAUUACGAUGAUGGGAGUAAGUUGCUACUUGGCCCAACAUCUAAUCAGGUGUUUUCUUGGAAGACUGUUCCUUUUGAUCCUCAUGUUGCGCCUACAUCUGAUUCAAUAAGUGAAGGCCCAAUCUUAUCUAUUAGAUAUUCUUUAGAUGCGAAGUUCAUAGCAAUCCAACGUUCUAGUCAAGAGAUACAGAUUUGGCAUAGAGAAACUGGGGAAACCUUCAGUCACAAGUGUAGGUCAGAGUCAGAGAGUAUACUAGGAUUCUUUUGGACUGAUUGUCCACUGUGUGAUUUUGUACUUGUGAAAACGAGUGGGCUCGAUUUGCUUGCCUGUGAUUAUGAGUCAAAAUUGCUUGACUUGGUGGAGACAAGGAGAUUGAAUGUGAGUUGGUAUGUCUAUACGCAUGAAAGUCGUUUGGUUCUUCUUGCUUCAGGAAUGCAAUGCAAGACAUUCACUGGAUUUCAGCUCUCAUCUGCCGGAAUUGUUCGCUUGCCAAGGUUUGAGAUGGCAAUGGCCAAAUCUGAGGCUAACAGUAAGCCUGUCCUAGCUGCUGAAGAUAUCUAUAUUGUGACUGUGUAUGGGAGAAUAUAUUGCAUGCAAAUUGACAGAGUAGCAAUGCUGCUGCACUCUUAUAGGUUUUAUCGUGAUGCUGUUGUACAACAGGGUUCCAUGCCAGUUUAUUCAAGCAAGAUUGCAGUGAGUGUAGUCGAUAAUGUACUGCUUGUCCAUCAAGUGGAUGCAAAGGUUGUUAUACUCUAUGACAUAUUUGCUGAUUCUCGAGCACCCAUCUCUGCUCCACUUCCUCUACUGUUUAGAGGUUUCCCUAGGUCCAAUACUUCUUCCUCUCGAUUUAGUGGCAAAGAUGGUGAAAGUGCAGAGGCCAACAUAAGUGAUCAUGAAGCAAUCAUUUAUGGAGAUGACUGGACAUUUCUAGUUCCAGACCUUAUAUGCGAUGUUGCUAACAAUUUCUUGUGGAAGAUCCAUCUAGACUUAGAGGCAAUUUCUGCAAGUAGCUCUGAAGUUCCUUCAGUGCUAGAGUUCCUGCAGCGACGGAAGUUGGAAGCUAAUAAGGCUAAACAGUUGUGCCUGGCAAUAACACGUACUGUCAUCUUGGAAAGGAGGCCGGUGUCCAUGGUUGCCAGGGUAAUAGAUGUACUUGUUAGUAACUAUUCCUAUUCAAUCAAAACAGGCAGCUAUCUCAAGGGAAUAAAAGUGGAGAGAACUUCAAUUUCCAGUGGGGCACAUGUAAAUAGUCCCAGGUCCAGUGCCAAUAUAUCUGCAAGUGGAAUUGAUGCCCUUGGAAAAUCAUAUGAACAUGAACCUAGUGCCAGAGUUGAGAAUGAAUCCCUCAACAGAUCUUCAAAUAUUUCCACUUCAGACUCUGAAGAUGAGGCACACUUUGAAUCUCUAAAAAACACCACAACUAGUCUUCAAAAGCUGGACAGGGAGAACAUAUUGGGUGCUGAAAGUGCUAGCAAUGAAGCUCAGCCAUCAUCUUCUCAAUCUCAGCAUCCUGGACUGAAUAACAACCCACUAAAUGCCAGUGUUUCUGAGCGGCAGGAAUUGCAACUUGCUUCACCAGCAAUUUCACCUGAUGAGAUGUAUAGCUUUGUGUUUGCCCCAGUCGAGGAAGAGAUGGUAGGAGACCCAUCUUACUUGGUUGCCAUCAUUGUUGAAUUCCUUCGCAGCACAAAUUUGGAAAAGAUCAAGGUUCAUCCCAACCUCUAUGUGCUGACGAUACAGCUUCUAGCCCGCAAUGAGCGGUAUACAGAACUCACAUUGUUCAUCAUAAACAAGGUUCUUGAGCCCUCAAAAGAAGUAGCAAUGCAGCUUCUAGAGUCAGGUCGACAAAAUUUCCAAAUCAGGAAGUUGGGUCUGGAUAUGGUGAGACACCUCUCUUUACAUCAUGAUUAUGUGGUGCUACUAGUGCAAGAUGGAUAUUAUCUUGAAGCCUUGCGUUAUGCAAGGAAGCACAAGGUCACUACUGUCCGGCCUUCAUUGUUUCUUGAAGCAGCUUUAGCUUCCAAUGAUUCACAGCUUCUUGCUGCAGUGCUAAGAUUCUUUUCAGACUUUAUUCCUGGAUUUAGAAACACAUCGGAUCACCAUACGUACCACCGCAUUCUUAGUGAGAUGAACUCAGCCAUUGCUACUUGAAUGUCAAUGAUUAUGAUUUUUUGAGUAUGAGAACUAAGAUUAUCUAGUUAGAGAGAGAGAGAGAGAGGGAAGAUACUUCUAUAUUUGAUUUCCCUGGUUUACUACGGAUUAUGUUUCUGUUCAUAUUUCAAACAUGGAGAGCAAAAGAAUGGUUUAGUGUUAACUGUUCUUCAAAAGAUGAGUGGAUAGAUAUUUACAGACAGGAAUGAGGUGUGGAUAAACCUAGAAUCUUAAUUCAUUUACUGUAGAAUAAUACUAAAGAAAAGGCAUAAAACUUCAGUGAUUGCAAA